AAGAGCUCUGUGGUGAGUAAAGUUGAUAAGAAAUUUAAUAUUAUUGAUAACGUAAGACGUUAGUGAAAAAUUUAAUUAAUAAUAAAUUUGAAUAAUAGUUACUAUAAAUAGAACAAUAGUUUGAACAUCAAGCUGCCACAAUGUCGUUGAUAAAAAAGUUAGUGGAACAGCUAAAAAGCAAAGAAUUUCGGGAGUAUUUAAUGAGCACACAUUUUUGGGGCCCAGUAGCAAAUUGGGGUAUACCACUAGCAGCUAUAGCAGACACAAGAAAGGACCCAAGGUUUAUUAGUGGUAAAAUGACAUUUGCCUUAACACUCUAUUCGCUGAUGUUUAUGCGUUUCGCGUGGCGAGUACAGCCACGAAACAUGUUAUUGUUUGCAUGCCACUUAACAAAUGAGUGUGCACAGUUGACGCAGGGAGCUAGGUUUAUCAACUACCACUACAUACAGGGACCCGAAACAGAAAAACAGAAUGCACAAGAGAAAGAAAAGGAGAAGUAGAUAGGUGUGUUUUGAUACUUGUGCGAUCAUAAAUUGACUAGGGCAAAUUAAGUAUGGCUUUCUUGAGAUUUAGGACAACUAGAGGUUAGUAAGGUCAUUAUUGUAACUUAAGGGGCCAAAUACCAAACUUGUGGGGGUCAGUAUCUAGCACAAAUAUAUUGACCAUUUCAUCAAGUAUUUGUAUUAAGUAAACUUAAUUGUCCCUUGUGCACAAAUGCAAGGAUUUCCUUAGUAUACAAAUACUAGUUGAAAGCAAACUUCGUCUAUAGUUUUAGAACAUCACUCAAACUUAAAUCUAGCUUCAAGACCUGCCAAACCAUUUGAAGUUAGAACAUAUUUGACAGUGCUUAAUCUGGCGCUUGAGAUACUUUUUGCGUCAUAGUUGUAAAUAUGAGGAGUGUCCAAGUUUUCCAUACAAAAAUUAAUUGUUAUUUUAUUACCAUUUUAUUCAUCCUAAAGGGUGCAAUAUGUUAAAGUUCAUCGUGCAAGUAUCGCAACCAUAUUAAAAAAAAAACAAAUUAUUUUAAUAGUUGAAUAGGUUUGUAAGUAGAUGAAUUUAGUUAAAAUAUUUUUCGGCUGCAACGAUAAGUCCUAAAGGGCUAAAAUGUUACAGUAACACCGAAUUUGUGUAUAGGCCUAUUAGCUAUAGGUUACAACCUGACCUUUAAACCAAAAUGGAACAUAUUUUAUUUCAAUGAUAUUUUUAUUUUUAAUAACGAAUUUACUAGUAGAUUUAUUAAGCUUAUGUACAUUGCAGUUUUUAAAACUCAUGUACUUAUAAUAAACGAAAGUUAAAACCAAGAAAAUCGUGACGGCCUUGGUUUGUCAAAACAAUGUAAGAGAAUGUAAAUUACUAUAUUAAUGUAAUGGCUGUGUACAUGUGCCAAUUGGUACUUUCUAUUUGUGCAUAUCUUUUGACUAUUUUUUAACAAUAGGUUUUGUUAAACCAUGCUAUUUCGAUUCCCUAUUUUAAUAAUCUGUCCGUUGCUAGCAUUUUCAAAUCACAGAUAUAAUAUUUGUAGAAUGUAAUGUCCUGCCUGUGUGGCAAUAGUAUCUGGCAUCUGUAUGAAGUACAUAUAGGUGUAUCAAACUUAAUUAAAAGAGAAAAUUUAAUCUGUGAUUUUGACUGCGUAAAAAGGUGCUAACAACUAGAAGUAAGGUCUAUUUUAUAUACAGUGUAAUCUCUAUAUAACGACGCUCAAGGGACUGUGCCUAUUUUGGCGUUACAAAGAGUUGCCAUUAAAUGGAAAAAAAAAUCUGUAUUAGAAAAACAAAGUUUAUUUCAGACCAGUGUUAUUAAUUACAUAAAACAAUUCGUAUUUGAACGCUAUUGCGUCUGUAAUUUUUGUACUGUACCAGUACUUAGGUUGUAUUUUUUACUUAUUUAAUUCAUAUCUUGCGAUAUUGAGGCAUUUUCGUGAUAAAGCACAUGCAAGCAUGCGCAAUUUGUAAAAAAAAGAACGGAUUUCUUCGAAAGUUCAGUACGUAUGAUGACGUACCGACAGUCGAGUUUAUUUCCCGCUAGGACAAUAAAGCGACAAAACAAAGUACACCGCUCCGCAGUUUUAACUGAUUUAUGCAACUUAAAAGGUACUUUUUCGUAUUGAAUUGUUAUCGUUAUUGAGGGUGGGUGUAAUGCUAUGUAGAGUGUAUCACUGUAUGAAAGACAAGCUGAACCAAAGAAAGCCGAGUGAUCUCGACGCUUUGGGGCGUUUGUCGUUACAUCGAGAGACGUUACAUGGAGCUUACACUGUAAUUAACUCUGCAAAGUUAUUUUGAAACUCCAAACAGUCAGAACGGCAUCCCGUGGACAUAAAAAUCUUGACAUGGAUUUGUAAACCCCUUUUUUUAUAGGCAACAAAGUGUAUAUAUUUCUGUUUAUCUAUCCUGACAUCUAUAAAGCAAUUUUAGUGUAAUAACCAUAAUUAGUACUAUGUUGUGAAGUUCUAUUUUAAUCUUAUCUAUGCAAAUAUAGAGCAUAUGUAAAUCAAUGAAAAAUAAAUAACUAUAUGCUAAUAUCAAUUUAUUUUAAUGUGAAUAAGAUUUUCGACAAGAUGACGUUACCUGGUUACUGCGUUGUGAUUCGUUGUAGCCGAAAUUGUUAUGUACAAAGUUAUAUUUUUGGAAAAUUUAUAGUGAUUGUUGAAUUAUACUCUAUUGCUGAUCUGUUAUUUAUGUUUAUUUGUUCAGUUGUAUAUUCGACAUAAAUGAAUAGAUAAUUA